AUGUCCAGCACAACUUUCACUUGGAUCGGGUUAUUGCUGAUCGUUUUCUUAACAGUCGUAGACGGUCGUCUAACACAUUCGUUGUCGAGUGUCAAUGGCGGCUCAGAUUGCGCAACAUGCUCAAUUAUAUUAGGUCUUGUUGACCGUCUUGCCAUCGUUUAUAACGAAAGUGCAGCCCAAGCACUGGAAAGAUUAUGCUCAUAUUUACCGGGUGAUUUCAAAGUCUAUUGCAAGACUGCAGUGGAUGUUCUAGGUCCACUUAUCAUUGAUGGCUUUAUCAAAGGAGAUAAUCCAGAUGUAAUAUGCCAUGCGUUGAAAUUUUGUCAUGACGAUCCUGGACAACCGAAAUGUCGAACCUAUCCAUCGAAAUCGUCUCUAUCUUUGUCACAACGUGCUUUACAUCUACGUCAACAACAUCCGCGCAUUGACUCACUUUUAGCAACACCAAAAAUUUGUCAAAUUCCUGGUAUUGCAGAAAUCUGUAAGAUAUUAGAGAAUGUCUUUAACAAUCAUGAACCGUUGGUCGAUCUUGAUCAUGAUCAAUUCGGGACCGAAGUAACAUUUCGAGGCACCUCAUGGCGAGGAAAAGAUUGCGACGACUUCUCGUCACACAUCCACCCUGGUGCUCGUGCUUCACAAGGUGACAGUGUUCUUGAUCACAACUGUAACGGCAUCUUCGGUAUGAAUUCAGCAACUGGACAACCAUGGGAAGAAGAGAUGUGCAAUGAUACACAACGAAUGGGUAUUGCUGUGCUUGGCGAUUCGAUCUCUGCUCAUUUUCACAUUCCGGAACAGUGGCUGGACGCUUCUCAAUUCUCACCACAAGCAUUUGAGCAUUUGAUGUUUAUAUUGGAAAAUGAGCUGGAUUGGCCACAAUUAUCAGCAAGUACUGGUCAUGUUAAUGUUAGCUGGCCGAACAUACAAGGACCAACGCGAUCAUUAUAUGGUCGUUUGUUUGAUCGUGACCAUUGUAAUCAUCGUGAUUAUCAAAAUAUUGCCGUCAACGGAGCUCGUAGUAGUACCAUGAUUAAUAUUAUGAAAUCGCUUGCACGGCAACCAAAAGAUGAUGUACCACUUCUUGUCAUUUACUCUUUAGUCGGUAAUGAUGUAUGCAAUGGGCAUCCGGAUACUAUCGAUCAUAUGACCACAGUCGAAGAAAUGUACAAAAACGUUAUGGCUGCACUAACUUAUCUCGAUACAGUCUUACCAAAAGGUAGUCACGUUUUGACGACUGGACUUGGCAACGGUAGUAUGUUAUACGAUCUUUUACACACUCGUUUACAUCCACUCGGCCGCGUUGGACCACCACUCACCUAUCCUCAAAUGUACGAUUACUUGUCGUGCUUACAAAUUUCUCCUUGUAAUGGCUGGCUUUCGUCGAAUGACACCCUUCGAGAAUUGACCACCGAACGAGCUGUUCAAUUAUCGGGUGCGGUUCGAAAUGCUACAUUCACUUACAACGCUAAGAACUAUGAUGUUGCUUAUCUUGAUUUUCCAUUUGACCAAGCUAUUCAAGAAUGGGAAGCGCAAGGUGGCGAACCAUGGCAAUUAAUCGAAAGUGUCGACGGUUUCCAUGUGAACCAAUAUGGACAUGCAAUCAUCUCUGAUAUUAUAUGGUCGUGGUUACAAAAGGAAAAGCCGCAAUGGUUGCCACCCGUAAAUCCACAUAAUGCUGACAUUGAACGUGUAUUUAAAGACCAAGGUGGAUACUAA